AUGAAAGCAGUGAACACGGUGAAUACGGAUCUGGUCAACAACUUGGGUAAUUUACUGUCAAGAUCAACAGCAAAUUCAUUGAAUCCGAAGCAAAGGUACCCCAGUUUUGAUAUUGAAGUAAUGGAACAUGAACUCAAAGCUACCGGAGAGAAAAUGGCAAUGCAGCUGAAGACGUUGAGGGGUAUGUUUACUACAUUUUAUUUCAAAACUUUAUUGUUUCUGGCUUUAAAUCUGAAAGAAAUAGCUAAUUGUUAGAUUUGAUGGAGAUUUGAGGAAAAAACUGUUUUUUACUGGUUUUUGAUCAAACUUUAGUGGAAUAUAGUGUAAAAUGGAUUUAAAAAUAGUUUUAAAAUGUUUUUUUUGUUAUAAAAAGAUAUAAAAAUAAAGUUAUAUUACAAGAAAAUAGGUAAAAACAUCAAAAAAAGGUUCUGGAGGUAUGGGGAAUUGAACCCCAGCCCUCUCGCAUGCUAAGCGAGCGCUCUACCCCUGAGCUAUACCCCCGCACGUUCUUUCUCCCUUCUUUUUCGGAUUUGUUCUUUCGAGUGAUUUUUAUCGCUAUUUCGCUGGUUUUUGAACAUUUUUUCGUGUAUUUACGUUGUUUUAGGUAAUAAAAUUAAUUAAAAAUGGUUUUUAUAUUAUCCACGAUAUAUAAAAUUAUAGGUGUUGUCAAAAAUUCUUGGCUUUUUAAGGUUUUUGAGCGGUUUUUAGUGAUUUUUUGACCAUUUUUUAGUAAUUUUGUAGUGUUUUUACCUUAUUUAGGUAAUAAAAAGUUACGAAAAUUCUUUUUAUAUUAUCUACAUUAUCUAAAUUUAAACAGACUAUAAAAAAAUGUUUAAAAAUUAAUUUCUAGACCGUGUAUCAGAGAACUACGACAAAAUGAGGUUCUACAAAGGCCUCGAACUGAUUGCUGAAGCAGGUAAUAAUGCGAAUGUCUUCUUCCAACUUCACAAACCAUGGUUAAUGAAAGGCUUGGAACUUCAGACGGUUUUGUAUUUGAUUUACGAGACUUCAAGGAUCUGUAGUUUGAUGUUACAGCCAAUUGUGCCUGGUUAUGCUGAUCGGAGUUUGAAGCGGUAAGGAGUGAUGACUUUAUGAGAUUUUCUGUGGUAAAAGUGUGGCGUUUUGGAUUGUGUAUGGCAUUUUAAGAUUUUCUAUGGCGUUUUGUAUUGUUAUUGACCGAAUUAUUUGAAAAAAAAAAUUUAUGAAUUUUAGUUUUUUUUUUUAAAUUUUUUUUUGAAAUUUAAAAUUUUGUUUUGAAAUUUUGAAUUUUUUUUUUGAAAUUUUAAAAUUUUUUUUGAAUUUUUAUUAAAUUUUAAAUUUUUUUCAAAAUUUUGAAUUUUUUUUAAAAUGUUAACUUUUGCCAUUUCCAUUGAUACCUAACCCUCUCUUUUUUCAGUCUAGGAAUACCUAAAGAAGAACGAAGCUUAGAGACUGCCAUUUUGGGCGGUGGACCGAAUAUGAAGCUGGUUGGAAGACAAAUGGGCGAUCAAAAGAUCAAAAGCAUGCAGAGAAUUGAGUAUAACUCACCUAAAUCAUAA